AUGGUUUCUCACAUAGGUUUCAGUAAGCAGAGCUUGCUUGCUUUACUAGAGUUCUCUUACACUUCUACCCUCAAUCUGAAUUUGGACAUCUUAACAGAGGUUUGUGCGAUGGCUCGCUAUCUACGCAGGUGGCAUGCCCUUGAGGCUUGCUCUGCUAUCAAAAGGGAGCGAGAGACUUGUCAAUUACGUUCCAGAAUGCACAGUUCUCUUGGAGAACCAAAUAAUUCAAUGCCUGGACCUUUCAGGAAAGACCACUCCUCAACUUCAGGAGGGAAAGUGGGACUCAGGAGGAGGAGAGAGGAUGAGGAAGAAGGCUCUGGGUCUUCCUGGAACAUUCAAGCACAGCACAGAGAGCACAUUGUUGAUAAAGUCACAGAGGAAUCUGAAACAGAAACCUCAAAUCCUCAUUUGCAAUGCCAAGUCCCAUCCAGUUAUCAGGUGGAGGAAAAUGGCUUUCCAUGCAGCCCAAAUCGCAGAAUGAAGCUCAUGGACUUCAAAUCUCCAUCCUGCAAGAAAAAAUCAUCCUCCCGCCCCACAUCUUUAAUCAUCUCAACAUCUCCUUUCACCUCUACUCGUUAUUCCUCUCCAUCAGGAAUGUAUUUUCAGGUCAGAGACUAUGUCUUUGGCUGUGAGGAAUGUCAAAGGAGUCAGUCUGAAAGAUCAGUGUGUUCUGAUGUCGGACUUAUCUCCAGGAUUGUGCAAUCACAUAGUCAUCAAGUUUUAAGUAAGCUCAAUAGCCAACGGGAAGCAGGGCUCUUCUGUGAUAUCACACUGAAAACUGGUGGUGGCCAGUCUUUCGUCGCCCACAAAGCAGUCCUUUCAGCGGUGAGCGAGUACUUCCAGGAGUUAUUUAUUGAAAUGGACUCAGCCACUGAUCCCCAGUCACAUGUUGACCUCACAGGUAUGGUGCAUUAUAUAUUCAAGAUAAACCAGUUUCAAAAUCAGUGUUUGUUCACACUUGUAAAUUUCAAAAGGCCAUUAUUGAAAUUGUUGAGCAUAUUUCGUGCUCAGGAGAAAUACCGUCUUCUUAGCUUUCUUGGCUUGCAGAGGAAAUCCCUUGUGCCCGGUCCAGAGGAACUGUCUGGCUGGGGGCAGAAAAAACGGCUUAGGAAGUUAAAAGUCAGCAAUUAUUCACUCACAGCACGACGUAAACCUCGUGCACAAGACGUCCCAUUGAGAUUCGGAACCAGUUUAGGAGUGCUUGCCGCCAUUAAUCCUACUCUAUCCCUCUGUGACAUGAGCAGAAUGGACUUGCUGAACAGACCAGUGAAAGUAGAACCUUGGAACCAAGAAAGGUCCAAAAGGAAAAGACAUGAUCCUGCAGGGCAAACUGUGCAGCCAAUUGCAAGAGCUACACGUAGCAGGUCAUUGCUGCAGACAGACUCCAGUGCAAACGAUCGACCUCUCAGACGCCACCACAGAAAUCAAGAUAAAGCACCUUCCCAACCUGCACGAAGAGGUAGAGUACCAGCACACAAUGCCUCUUCCCCUUCAAAAAGCACUAUGCUCAGGAUAAAGCAUGAAUCUUCGGACAGUGCCAUCCUGCAACCUAUUCACCGUCGCAAUACUGCCUACAACCCACAGGGAACUUCUCCUAAAGCACCAGGACGUAGGGGUCGCCCACCAGCAGAUCGCACAGUUAGGGUAGCCACAACAAAGUUGCAGCACACAAAGCGGCACAAACCUGGGCGCCCCCCAUUAGACAAACCUAAGAGCUCAAAACAAAUAGAAAGCAAAACACAAUGCAACCAUGCUACAGGAAUGCCACAAGCAAAUCACAGCAGAACUGAAAGCGGAACACCGGUGAAGGAGAACAGAAAGAUUAAGGAACGCGGGAACAGAAAAGACAGUCCUGAAGUUCAGUAUGCCAUCGUGAACUGGGAUACUUCCAACCAUCAGCAGCUUCACAGCCAUCCCCUUUACAAAACGAUAAAGGAAGAACCAGCUGAGCCCUUGCCCCUAACCCAACCAUUCCCACCCAGUGACUCCUUGGAUCUGGGCAAGCGUCAGAGCAAACCACCCAUCAAACUGUUGGAUCAAGGCUUCCUAUUCGGCUUCUGUCGACCACCAAGUGGCAUUAAACGGGAGGAGGAGAGUGUGGACAUCUACCUGACUCGGUCGGUCUCUCAUGGAAGUAGUUCCAAUUGCGAUUCAUCACCUGGCAUGGUGAGAAGAGAUCGGGUUAGGGCCAGGAUUCUGCCAGACCGGACCGGUCUAAAUGGGCCUCACUGGGCUGGACUUGGCAACAGGCACUCACCCUUUUCCCAAAGGACUGCUAUUCGAGUAAAGACUGAGAGGGAUGAAACAGGAGUGUCCCAAGUGUCAAAGGUUUGCAGAGUCUCUAGACACCCCCAGGUCAGCAAGAGGAGCUGUAAAAUUAAGAAGGAACCUACAAAGACAAAGAAUGUAAAUAAGCUGCUUCCUCUGAGCAGUCGCCAUUCCGUCCUACUGGAAACCAUCCGACGGACACGUCUGAAACAGCAGAAGGGUCCUCGUGGUCAGGCCUCCAGUGGAGCACAUGCUUGCCUGCAGUGCAGAGGCUCCUACAGGGACUGUGAUGCCCUUAUUAUGCACCGGAUCAGGCACAUUGAAGGCAAACACUGGCCCUGCCCGUUGUGCAGCAAAACUUUCUUCAGACAGAGAAAUGUGAGGAAUCACAUAAGGACACAUAAUCCCAAGAUCUACAAAUGCCGCCAGUGCAUUGCUGCUCAGUGAGGUAAAAAGCCACAAUCUUAAAUGAAGAGGAGCAAAGCUUUGUUUCUUUAAAUAUUAAUGCUGUAAAUACCAAGUAUCUGUGAUGUAUGACAAUGAGGUUCAAUUUAUGUAAAUAAUGUUAUGAUGGUUUAAAUUGUCUUUUUCCUCACAAUAAUUGUUGUUAUUUAAGUAACUAAGCUAUUAAGAAGUUGCUUUGCAAUUGCUACAGAUGUGUUGAACCAGAACUUGAACCCAUGGUGUAUUUCUCAGGGGGGCGGAGCCUGAUGGUCAAGGUGAUAUAUGUAUAAUGAGAAUUGUGUAGAAUGCUUUAAAUUUGUUACUACUACAGUUAUUACUAUUGUUAUUAUUUUUUAUAAAUGGCAUAGUCUUGAGUGCACUUAAUGUUCGCUUUGUUUUGAAACCUAAGAAAGAUGCGAUGGACUGGGAUGUACUUGAAUGAUUGUUGGAGUGUAGCCAGUGGACUGCCCUAAAUGUGUGGUUGUCUGGCAGUGUUUUAGAAAACCAUUACAGAAAUUAGUCAGGAAUUUUAAAAUGAAGGUUUGUUAAUGGAGUUAAGAGUUAUAAAAAAAUAAAUAAAAUGGUUAACCU